GUGCGCGGGGCGGGGCGCGGCGGGGGCGGCGCUUUGUGUGCAGCAGUGAACUGGGGUCUGCGGGGCGCGGGCCGCGGCGGGCGGCGGCAUGGAGGAGUUGAGCAGCGUGGGCGAGCAGGUCUUCGCCGCCGAGUGCAUCCUGAGCAAGCGGCUCCGCAAGGGCAAGCUGGAGUACCUGGUCAAGUGGCGCGGCUGGUCCUCCAAACACAACAGCUGGGAACCAGAAGAGAACAUCUUGGACCCGAGGCUGCUUCUGGCCUUCCAGAAGAAGGAACAUGAGAAGGAGGUACAGAACCGGAAAAGAGGCAAGAGGCCCAGGGGCAGGCCGAGGAAGCACACAGUCAUGUCCUCCUGCAGCCGGCGCUCCAAGCUCAAGGAACCAGAUGCACCUUCCAAGUCCAAAUCCAGCAGUUCAUCCUCUUCCUCCACAUCUUCCUCCUCUUCCUCAGAUGAAGAAGAAGAAGACGACAGCGACCUAGACUCCAAGAGGGGCUCCCGGGGACGUGAAACCCACCCAGUGCCUCAGAAAAAAGCCCAGAUCCUGGUAGCCAAGCCAGAACUGAAGGAUCCCAUUCGAAAGAAACGGGGACGCAAGCCUCUACCCCCGGAACAGAAGGCAGCUCGGAGACCUGUAAGCCUGGCUAAGGUGCUAAAGACCACCAGGAAGGAUUUGGGGACCUCAGUCACCAAGCUGCCCCCUCCGCUCAGUGCUCCUGUGGCAAGCCUAGCUGCCCUGAAAGCCCACACCAAAGAGGCCUGUGGUGGCCCCAGCACUAUGGCGACCCCAGAGAACCUGGCCAGUCUGAUGAAAGGUAUGGCCGGGAGCCCCAACCGAGGUGGCAUCAGUUGGCAGAGCUCCAUUGUACACUACAUGAACCGCAUGAGCCAGAGUCAGGUUCAGGCUGCCAGCCGACUGGCACUCAAGUCCCAGGCUACCAACAAGUGUAGCCUCGGGCUGGACCUGAAAGUGAGGACGCAGAAAGGGGAGCUAGGGGUAAGCCCCUCAGGAAGCAAGGCCCCAAAGACCCCUGGCAGUGCUGCUGCAGAGCAGCAGAGAGGGAAUAAUUCCGGGGUUCCAGGUUCCCAGCUGGCACCCACUCAGGAGUUAAGCCUUCAGGUCCUUGACUUACAGAGCGUCAAGAACGGUGUGCCCGGUGUGGGCCUGCUUGCUCGUCAUGCCACAGCCAACAAGGCUGUUCCUGCUACCAACCCAGCCACAGGGAAGGGUCCUGGGAGCGGCUCCACAGGAGUAAACAUGACCCACUCUCCCACAGACACCAACAAAGGGGAAAAACUCCCUUGCAAGACAACGGCUCUGCCCACCCCUUCUGUCAAGAGGGACACCGUUAAAUGCGUUGCUGCCUCCAGUGGGCAGGAGGGCCACACAGUCCCGGGAGAAGGCCGAAAGCCGCCUGCGCUGUCCGAGAUGAGCACGGGAGAGGAGAACAGUAGUUCUGACUCAGACCCUGACUCGUCCUCACUUCCCAGCGCUGGGCAGAACCUGUCCGUAGCUAUCCAGACCAGUCAGGACUGGAAACCUACCCGCAGUCUCAUCGAGCAUGUCUUUGUCACGGAUGUCACAGCCAACCUCAUCACCGUCACCGUGAAGGAAUCUCCCACCAGUGUGGGGUUCUUCAACUUGAGGCAUUAUUGAGACCAUUGCCCAAGUCAGAUCUGCCUUCCAGUCUCUGGUUUUGCUUUGAUGCCUGACCUGGGGGCCGGCUCUGCCCUGUCUUGAGACUUAGGGCUGAGAAAUGGCUUCCUGCUGAUUCUACCUCUCUGGGCCUCCACUUCAGUCUGUCCUGUCACCUCAGGAAAGCCGGGUGGCCACUGACUUAAAAGCUGCCUUCUUGGGCAAAGCAUCCUGUAUACGCCUCCCUCCUUGACCUAGUGAGACUCUCCCCUCCCUGCCCAACUACUGUGAGGUAGAUCAGGGGAGGGGCUGUUAAUACAGCUCCUUCUUCAGGCCAGCAAGGAGAGGGGUGGGGCUGGCAGGACCUUUUCCCAAGUCCAGCCAUGGCAGGGCCUUUCUGGUGAGGAAGGCACUUUGUGCUUUGCAAGUAAGGCUGUAGCUUCAUUUUUAAAAGGAUAAUUAGUUGUGACGUUGGGCUCAGGGACCCUGCAGGACUCUUCAGUCUCUAUCCCUGGUGUGGUGUCCUCUCUAGCUGCAAUUGGAUUCCCAAAGCCAAGCUCAGGUCUGGAGUCCGGCACUGAGGUGUGCCUGGGUGCUACUGGACUUGGGAACAGCGAGAGUCAUGUCCUUGCCUCCUUCCUGCAAUCAGGCCUGAGCCCCAGUGAGAAAUGACCCUGUUCCCCUCUGGAUCCAGACUCAUACCCCUGCUUUGGCCCACUAAAUUAUACCCUAGUUCUGAGGUCUGACACUCCUGGGCUUGGGGGAGGAGCAGGCUAGAAACCCAGAGCAGGCUAACUAGGAGCUUGGAGUCCUGGGCAAGCAAUUUUCCCACUACUUGGAGUUUCAUUACAAGGGUCCCGUAGGUUACCACGGUAGCUCCAGUGUGGGCAUGCAGGUGUUUCAUGGGGGCCUGUCACCCUGCUGCCUGUCUAGAUUGGACAUCUCUAGACUACUACGUAAGCAUUUUCUGUAGUCAAUCCUGGUGCAGAGCCCUGCCUGGUAAGUGGGCCACUCUUGAGUCCCAUUUUCCCUGACAAUCCUCUCCCAUGUUCGGGAGCUUGUGUUUCCUUCUUUGCUGAGAAGUAAUCUCCCUAUGCUGUUUGUGUGGUGGGGCAGUUUGGCAGCCCGCCUGGCAGGGGUUCCCUAAUUCCUUCCCUGUCUUUAGGAGAUAAAUCUAGUUCUGAGCUCCUUUCUAAAUGCCUUCUCCCUGGUAGCUGUCUUGAAACUACCUUGUCAGGUUGCUGGCCGAUGUCAGGAUCUUCUGUCUGUCCUGGAAUGUCACCGUGGGCCAUGACAAUCUGGUCAGUGAGUCUGUGAUGCCAAAAAGUGGGGGUGGUAUGAAACCCUUGUUCCUACUUCUGCCAGCAGGUGUGGGCUCCUCACUCCAGUUGCCUUGAAGGGAUGCGUUUCCCCUUCUAAAGCCAGCCAGACAGUGGGCUGAGGUAUCUGGGACCUGCCACACUUUCACAGUGCACACCCCUCACCCCAGUAUCUCACUCUGCACACCAAAUAAGAUGGUCUCUGUGUGACCAAACGGACCUCAGCGCUGUGCCUUUGGGGACAGACCUAUAUCCAUGGCUCCUGAGAGAUGCCCGUGAUGUCUCGGGGGCCGUGUUACUGGCAGCAGGAGCUACCACUGGGAAGAAUUCAGGGCCAGGGAGUGGGUAGUGAGGGGGAAAGGGUUAUCUACCGGACUGUCGGCUUCCCUCCCUGUCCUCAGGAUCCUUUGCUGCCUCACCCAAGGUCUGCAGCCUUUGUGCCAGACACUGCCUUAAAGGCAUCUCCAUGUCUUUUGGGGGUCCCAUGAGCUGUUGGAGAAGUGACCCUGUUUGGGGAUCUGGGUUGACUGGCCUUUGUCCCCCUGUUGCCGGUCUCCAAACCCCGAUUUGGUGCCUUUUAUUUUACCGGUUACGUCAGUCCCAAAGUUGAAAUCUACAAAUCCUUUCGGCCACUUUGCCUUCUUGUGUGUUUUCCCUGGUGCUGUGACCCCAGCGGUCUAUGUUACAAAGCAUAUGUGUGUAGUGCGCCAUCGUGAGAGCCUCACUGCAGUCGGCGCCAUACGCUCUGAGUCAAGUUCUCAUGUUUACCGAUAAAUAAAGUAGUUGGUUUUUAUGUUU